AUGAAGCGACCCGGGAUCGCGCGCGCGGACGCGCGCGACGCGCCGUCGACGUCGUCGGACGCGAUCGACGCGCGCGCGGCGAAAAAGGCGCGCGCGAACGCCGCGGGUGGACUGCUCGCGAGCAUCCUCGGCGACGUGAAGCGAUCGAACGCGCAGCGCGCGAAGACGGUCGUCGCGAGCGGCGGACGCGCGAUCACGAGGGAUGACGUCGUGUCUCGGGAGACGAAAGCGAUGGAGGCGCGAAGGAAGUUUGAGAGGGAGGUGCGGGAGAGGAUCGAGCGAGAGGUGGCGGGGAGCGAGAGCGCGGAGGCGUUUUGCGAGUUUGAGACGAUGGAGAAGCAGUGGAGGAACAUCGUGCACGAAAUCGCGGCGGAGAUGAAGUUGUUUUCGGAGAGCGUGGAGGUAGGGGCGACGGGGGAGGAGAAGUUUGUGAUUGUGCAUAAGAAGGCGCCGGAGGUGGAGCGAGACGCGGAGUCGUUGCGAAACGAAAUCGCGGCGAGAGAGCGGGCGGGAAAACACGGUAAAAAGGGAGAGGGGUUGAGCGAUAAAGCGCCGACGUACGCGGCAGAUGCGGUUGAGUUGACAGUUGUGGGUACGGUGAAGCGAGACUUGCGGUCGGUGGAGGAAACGAUUGCGGAUAUGCGCAAAGCUCGCGAGAAGACGGACGCUUGA